CGGGGGCAGGAAGGGACGGGGCGGCUCCGGGAAGGAUCCCGAGCGCCUGCGCUGCGGACGGUGCCGGAAGGCUGCGGGAGGCGGCCGUGGUGGCGGUGCCGGGCGGGGCGGGGGUCGCGCCGCGGGCCGGGGCAGCAGCAAGAUGCUGCCAACCACGCUGGUUAAUUCUGGGAGCCAGGGCAAUGGUGUGCUGAGCCGCAGAGAUGCUGCGAGGCACACGGCUGGAGCAAAACGCUACAAGUACCUCCGGAGGCUCUUCCACUUCCGACAGAUGGACUUCGAGUUUGCACUUUGGCAGAUGCUUUACCUGUUCACUUCACCACAGAGGGUUUACAGGAACUUUCACUACAGAAAACAGACAAAGGACCAAUGGGCAAGAGAUGAUCCUGCUUUCCUUGUGCUACUCAGUAUCUGGCUCUGUGUGUCUACAGUAGGAUUUGGAUUUGUGUUGGACAUGGGUUUUUUUGAAACAAUAAAACUGCUACUUUGGGUUGUAUUCAUAGACUGCGUAGGCGUGGGGCUCCUGAUUGCAACUCUGAUGUGGUUCAUUUCAAAUAAGUACUUAGUGAAGCAGCAGAACAGAGAUUAUGAUGUGGAGUGGGGAUAUGCCUUUGAUGUACAUCUGAAUGCUUUCUACCCUCUUCUAGUCAUUCUGCAUUUUAUCCAGCUGUUCUUCAUCAACUAUGUCAUCAUAUCUGAUUCUGUCAUUGGGUAUUUUGUUGGGAAUACGUUAUGGCUGAUUGCAAUCGGCUAUUACAUCUACGUGACAUUCCUAGGAUACAGUGAAAUCUACCAAGACUGCUGUGCAAAUGUAAUACUGUUCAAGGUCCUUGCACAGAACCCGUUUAUUCAGCAAGGGAGUCUCUUGAGAAAUGGAGGACCAAAACGUGAAGUUUAUUCCCCAUUUGGAACUUUCUCUAAGACUGCUACCCAAGCAGUGACAUCUUGCAGAGCUUCUCCGGUGGCUACAUGUAUAAGUUUAUUUUAGGUCUAUUAUACAUAGAAUCUUACUGGACUUUUGCUUUUUAUCCUUACUUCACCCAUCUCCAAAAUCUGAAUAACAGCUAUGAUGCCCCUGAGAACUGUCCCUCUAAAGUUCUUUUUGAGAUAAAAAUCUUGGCAGGAAGAAAGACUCUUCCAGAGCACGCAGUAUCCAUAAUGUACACUAUUCUGGCUUUCAGCUCACAAAAAUCAACUCAUUCAUCAUCAUCAAAACGUUUUAGAAGCUUUAUAAUAAAAACAA